AUGGACUUAAACACGAAGCGAGAUACUAUUCUACCAAAUCAAUUGUGGCGAGGAGCAAAAGAUGUCAAUAACACUGGGGUACAAGCAAGCCCGCCGAUAAAGGUGCUCGAAAAGAAUCCUGCAUAUCGAAUGGGGGUUCCUAUUAAAGCAAGUGAGAAAAGCGCGACCGUGGCCUAUUCCAAGAAAAUCUCUCCGAAUAAGUAUCAUAAAUCCUAUAAUAUUGAUCAGGCUGGGCCGGGAGUCAUAGCGUUGAAAGACACUGAGAACUUACCCAUUUGUCUGAUCAAAGACCACGGAGCCCGAAAUUCGCGAUCUCUUCGAGGCUUGCAAUUUGCUAGUCAUAGGAAUCUGGUAUCCUUGAUUGAUCACUUUCUAUCUGGAGAGCAACUUUAUUUGGUCUAUGAGUAUGAGCACUUAGCAAUCAGUCUCGGUUGUGUUGCAGGUACAGUUCAGUUCAGUGAAGCAGACAUAGCGACAGUCUGCAGAGAGAUCCUAGAAGGACUUAAAUAUAUCCAUUCGGCGUUGAAAACUGGGUAUGGAUUGCUAGACUUCAGCAAUAUUCUUCUUACUUGGCAAGGCGAAGUCAAACUCGCGAACAUUGGCAAAUGCUUACUGGAUAAGCACUCCUCCAACACGAUUCAGAAAGAUAUUAAAGACAUUGGGUCGAUUGUGGUGUUCCUGAGCGAUCGUCCCGCCUCAAUUCGUGACUCAAGCCACGACGUCGAUAUACCCCCUCUUUCAGGGCUGGCGCAUUCAUUUGUUCAAAAAACCAAGGAAGACACAACUAUCGAGCAGUUAGUAAAGCAUCGCUAA